UCUCUCUUUCUCUUUCUCUUUCUCCAACAAAAACAGUGAAAAAAAAGUAUUAGACAAGCGUCUAUAAAUUUUGGCAUUAAUCUUGAAAGUGUCACAUAACCCAGAAAAGAUUUGAACAAAAGUCUCAACUUCUUCCACUUCUUUGAGUGUUUCUUUUGAACCAAAAAAUGUCUGCUGCAUUAGAAGCCAUGAUCUCUUCAGGCAGAGAAAUGACUUUCAAGCCCCAAAUGGAAGAAAAAGAAGAUCAGAUGAUCAAGGAUAACAUGAAGAAGAGCAUCAACGCCGUUAAAUGUGGUGAUCACCAAAUUCAAAAUGCUGAGACUGACCAUGAAGAUCAUAAUAGCAACGACUCUGAUGAAGAGACUGAGGAAGAAGGUGGUGAUCUUACCAAGUUGGAAUCUGAGAAAAAUUUGCAUCCUGGCCCUUUGGUCUCUCUCAAGGACCAGCUUGAGAAAGACAAAGAUGAUGAAAGUUUGAGGAAAUGGAAGGAACAGCUUCUUGGGAGAGUCGAUCUCUCUACUGUUGGAGAGAUCAAAGAACCGGAAGUGAAGAUACUGAGCCUCACCAUUCAGCGCCAGUGUAGGCCAGAUCUUGUGUUGCCAAUUCCAUUCACUAACAAUUCCAAGAGCAGUCUCUUCACUCUCAAGCAAGGCAACCGUUACCGCCUGAAAUUCACUUUCACCGUCGCCAACAACAUUGUUUCCGGCCUCAAGUACACCAACUGCGUCUGGAAGUCCGGCCUCAGAG